AAUUUGAACUCCACCUGGCAACCCUGUGCCUAACAGUGUUUAUUACAAACCGGGAUCGCAAUUAUUUCCCAGAGAUAAAUGUCCUGGCUUCUCAGUAAGCUUAUCGGACCGACUCGGAUCACUCAUGCCUACUGAAGAUUGUUGCCUCCUUCUCUGCAGAAGAUGACCAGCUCUCUCUUAUAAGGAGAAGACAAGCCACCACAGCCACCCACAUGGUACCAGUCUAAAGCUACACGACACUGAAAGUUUGAAACAUUUACUGAUAUGGAGGCCGUUAGUUUAACAGAACAAGUUUCCCUGCCCAGGUUAAAACAACAUCAACUCAAUAUGGAGGAAGGAGAUUCUCUGCAUAGCGUUAACCUGAAUCAACUCAAAAUGGAGGAAGGAGAUUAUCUGCAUACCGUUAACCUGAAUCAACUCAAGAUGGAGGAAGAAGAUUAUUUGCAUAGCGUUAACCUGAAUCAACUCAAGAUGGAGGAAGAAGAUUAUUUGCAUAGCGUUAACCUGAAUCAACUCAAGAUGGAGGAAGAAGAUUAUUUGCAUAGCGUUAACCUGAAUCAACUCAAAUUUGAGGAAGGAGAUUCUCUGCAUAGCAUUAACUUGAAUCAACUGAAUCAACUCAAAGUGGAGGAAGGAGAUUCACUACAUAACUUUAACCUGAAUCAACUCAAAUUGUCCACUGCUGUUUCUUUACCCAUCUUGAGACUCCACAGACUGACAAAGGAUCAACUGUCUCUCGCUGCUCUGAGACUUAACCAGAACAACCAGAAGAAGAAGAACAACAAACCAGGCAGAAAACCAACGAAGAAGAAAAACACCCCCACCACCAGCAGAGGAAAGAAAAAAUCCACAAGAAAAGGAAACAACUCUGUUGACAACAAAAGCGUUUCUAGCCAGGUAUCACCAUUGCCUAGAUGUCAGCGUUGCCCAAAGGGAAGCAAAAAUAAACCCAAGAUAACUCUUGAACUCUCCCGCACCAACUUGAGGCCUGACGCAGUAAAACAAGAGGUGAAACAAGAGAUGGACGAUCUGCCUAUCGGUACAAGAAGUGAUGAACACUGGUUGAACGCUUUGAAGCCAGAGAGCUACGACCCAGAGAUGGGUAACACCAGGGGACCUCCUACAGAGAGCAACCCCAGGACAGAUGCACAUCACCUGGGUAUCAAGACGAAGGAUGCCCCCCUGUACCACCAGGAUGGAAGGAGGCGGCUGCGGUCGGCUACCGUUCAGUCAUUCAAUCCAGCUGCAUUGCGGUCUGACCUGGAAUGUUGGCCUCGUAACCAGAAGGUCCCCAGGUUCCCAUGUCCGGACUGCGGCCAGAAGUUCUUCUCCAAACUGCAGUUUAAGUUACAUUCCCGGAGCCACACACAGUACCGGCUGUACUCCUGUGAGGUGUGCCAUAAAACGUUCUCCCGGAAAGGCAGUCUAGACGAGCACCGACCAAAACAUGAGGCGGAGCGCCCCUUCACCUGCCUCCAAUGCGGAAGGACCUUCACGUUCAAAUCCAACCUGACCCGGCACAUGCGGUUCCACAGCGACACACGGCCCUACGUCUGCCCCCAGUGCGGCCAAAGCUUCAAGAUCUCCGACCACCUGAAGAGCCACAUGACAGCCCACAGCGGGUAUAAACCGUACGUGUGCCCGGAGUGCGGCCAGAGUUUUGUCCGUUACAUUAGUCUGAAGUAUCACCGGCUGAGCCACACCGGCGAGCGCCCGCUGUCCUGCCCAGAGUGUCCCAUGACCUUUGCCCGGCCACACACCCUUAUGAUCCACCGGCGACAACACACCGGGGAGACACCGUUCUCUUGCCAGGACUGUGGGAAGCAGUUCAAACAGGGGUGCCAGCUGAAAGACCACGUUAGAAGGAAACACACAGGGGAGAAACCAUACAAAUGCUCAGAGUGUGACAAGUGCUUCAUCACUUCGGCGUCCCGUAAUGCACACAUGGUUGUCCACAAAGGCGAGAAGCCAUACAAAUGCAUGGAGUGCUGUAGGAGCUACAGUACGAGUGGGUGUCUAGCGCAGCACAUGAGGAGACACACAGGGGAGAAACCAUACAAAUGCUCCGAGUGUGACAAGUGCUUCAUCACUUCGGCGUCCCGUAAAGUGCACAUGGUUGUCCACACAGGAGAGAAGCCGUACAAAUGCAUGGAGUGCUGUAGGAGCUACAGUCAACGUGGGUCCCUGAAGAGGCACAGGUGUGAGCAGCAAACCAGGUUAGAGGAACCUCUGGUGUGCGUCCCAAAUGGCGCCCUAUUCUCUAUAUAGUGCACUAGGGACCAUAGGGCUCUGGUCAAAAGUAGUGCACUAUGUAGGGAAUAGGGUGCCAUUUGGGACACAGUCCCGAUGUUCUGAGUGUAGGAACUGGAGAGUGGAUCCUUAAAGCAGCACAGGUGUAAGCAGCAAUGUAGGUGAGAGAAGUCAGGUGAGAGGAUUCUCUGGUGUUUUGACUCGGGGAAACUAGACUUUGUUUAUACAGACACCUACCUGCGUUCCAAAUGGCGCCCUAUUCCCUUUUAUAGUGCGCUACUUUUGACCGAAACCUGAUCAAAAGUAGUGUUUUUUCCUCCUUCCUGUGUUACACUGUUUCCCUUCCUGUCUUUGCAGAACAGGUAGUGCACUAUACAGGAAUGACGUUUCAAACACAACACUCUGUUUUGUAAACGCUACCAAGCAUUCAUUGGUCCUCUGAAGUGUCUCUGUAUUUGUCCAUUCCCCACCCUCCAAUAUUCAUUUUAAUAAAUGUUCCUGAAAGAGCAUCAACUUGUCCCUUAUCUGAAACACUUCCACUUUAUAUUGUUGUGUUGCUGACGAGAAAGCCCACGGGUUUAUCAGAGACUUUGGCGCCAAAGCUGUGUUCCAAGAAAGAAAGAAAAGUCAGGGACUUUUUCUUCCUACUCUCUGUAACAAAGAUAAAAGGUUGCCAAUGGAGCCAGAACAUAUUAAACACACUUAUCAAUGUAUUAAACUUAAGGACUCAUGACAUGUUGACAUAACUUGAAUACAUUUCCUCUGAUUUUCCUGUCAUUUAAAAGGAGGUAUGUGUAUUUGCUGUAACAGAAAGGGAUGUAAAGGAACCAUGGUCUUGUUUGCGCUCUACAGGCUACGUAGUUAAUCCUAGGAACCGUUUUCUGUGCAUUAGGAACAUGCUGUUAACAUAAGAGGCCGCCUUCUGUGAGUCUCCCUAUGAAUUAGAGGGCUUACUGAACAGAAAUGAGAUCAAGUUCUGCAAGGCGGGGCCACGCUCGUUGGACGAAUGAUCCAAUCUCCUCGGUAACAAAACACUGAUCGAGGAAGCCUUUUCCUACACAGACAGAAGAGUCUCCCGAGAGGACCCUGCAGAGUGCACUGUACAUACUUAUUUUCCACCAUAAUUUGCAAAUAAAUUCAUCAAAAA